AUGACUAUAAUUAAUAUUGAUGGAAUUGAAAUCAAUUUUCCUUACGAGCCAUAUCAGUGUCAGAUUACUUUUAUGAAAAAAGUUAUUGAAUCUUUGAAAAAUGGUUGGAAUGCAGCUUUGGAAUCCCCUACUGGUACUGGUAAAACACUUUGUUUAUUAUGUGCUUCUAUCGCUUUUGUUAGACAUUUGAAAUCGAAGAUUCCUGUAGAUGAAGUUGAUAAAGAUAUAGCUUCACUGUAUCCAAAAAUUUUAUAUUCUUCACGCACACAUAGUCAGCUAGCUCAGGUAAUUCGCGAACUGAAUAAAACUAUUUACAGAGACACUAAAACAGUUACAUUAGCCUCACGUGACAUAUUAUGUAUUCACGAAAAUGUUCAGAAGGAAGCGAAUAAUAUUAUCAAGUCAAUGGUGUGUCGUAAUUUGGUCAAAAAGAGAAAAUGCCAUUAUUUCAAUGAAUACGAUAGUUCUUUUUUAUCUUAUUAA